CUGGGUGUUUACCUUGCUUGGUGCCCUGAGCCCAGGCAGGGUGGCAACCACAUAGCUGCCCAGAAGCCGGACAAGAGUGGAGGUGUCACUGAGGUGAAGGCUGGACAUGACCGGAAUGCCCCAGGAUGCAAGGCUAAAAGUGAGAACAAGCAGGCCCUGUCUCCCUCAUUUGGAUUACAAGCUCAAAGGACCGGUUUUAUUACCUGGGGAAUUAUCUCCAUGCUCCCAGGGACAGAACUGCCCACAGUAAAUGCACAGAGAGGACCUGAGAGGAAUUAAGGUAGGAUGUAGCAGAAGCGAAUAUAUCACAGCUAUAGAGAGCAGGCAGCUUAGUAAAUUAGGAACGGCUUGGCCCUGGCACCCUACAGAGGUGGUGGGCAAUAGGACCCCGUGGACAGCAAAGUCAGCAUUUGUGCUGCCAAUGCCCAAGCUUAGAACUGCAUCUGUCUGAGUCUGUCUUCCCAGCCAUGCUUCCCGGGGCAGCUGGGAAGGUGAAAGGAAGGAAGAAAUUAUUUUGGAAGAAGAGACGACAGGAUUGUAGGGGUGAAUGUCAGGAAAGCAAGAAAGUCUGGGGUGUAGUGCGUGGACCCCAAGCAGCCGCGAGGAUACCCCUGUCUUUGCUGGUCUCCACCUGUGGCCGCUUAGGUGUUUGUGUGAGCGUGAGCCUCUGUUUAUGCUGUGGCGUUCAGCACAAGAACCCCUUCAUCUCCCAGACUCAGCGCUGGGUUGCUAUGGAUCCUGCCACAGCUUAAAGGUGAAUCAGCCUCAGCUCCCAGGCAGGUGCCUUUCAGUCUAAAGUUCUGAAGGCCUGACUGCUGCCAGCUCACGCAGACGCUUGUUUGCCUCUGAACAAGCUUAGGUGAGGUCCCUAGGGCAGGAGUAAAGUUUUAGGAGCACUCACUCCGAAGCUGAGGGAAGGAGAGGCAGGAGGGAAAAGGAGAGACGCCUCCGCACUAGCAGUCUCUCAUGGAGCUUGCCCCUAGAAAGUGAAGGGAGUGCCCAGACUCUACCUCCUGUCUGUGCCAGUUGUCAAAGGUGCAGAAGAAUGUCAGGAGGGUACCCACCGAAGUUUCCAGGUUCUCAUGCCCCAGGGUAAGGAACUGUACCAACGACGUGUGGUGGGUGAUAAAAAUAGUUGAUUAACAAAGAGGAGUUUCUGAGAAUGGGAGCUGUCCAGUGAGUGGGGUCAGGAGUCUUGUGAGCCUGUGUAGGUAUGUGUACAGCUCCCACCGUUUUUGCAUACCAUAGGCAUAUCUCAGCAUGCUGUGUUUGUCACACGUGGCUUGGGUAGGGAAAGCCCUCCAGUCUUUCAUGCCAGCUGGCUUCUUUCAUGUAUUAUUCUCGUCCCUCUGCAUGCCUUGCCUUUCUUCUUCCGUUCCACGAUGGAAUUGGUCUGUACGUGGAGGAGUACAAGAAAGUAAGCAAGCGUCAUCUGUUUAACAUCAGGAAUUGACUGGGUCAGUGGGGCUUCCACGGAGAAAUCCCAAGUCCACAUUGAUGACUAUCUUCUAGAACUCGUGCGAGAGAGGCUAAGACCAGAAGGACCCAUGAGGACCCAGAAGAGGCUAUAGAGGUGGACCAUUGUGACCGGGGUGACGGGCAAGUGAGAGAACCCGAGGUUCCAAGGGGUCACUUGGCUAUCACAGUUGAGCCAGAAUGGUAGCCAAGUUCUACGUGGCUCCAACCUCCUCCUCCCCAGGAACAUUACAUUUUCCCAAACCCCAGGAUGUCUGCUCCCACUGAGCGCGUGUUGCUCAGUGUAACCAUUUGUAAGAGACAACUUGACUCACGCCGCCCGAGGUCAUCUCUGAUUCAGGAGUGACGGGGUUGGUAGCUGGCAGACUUGUUCCAGACUAAUGAAAGGCAGCAGCAUCCUAAUUAGGCCAGGGCUGGGCCUGGACGCUGACAUAGUCCCCGAAGUGUGCCUUGUCAGAUGAGUGGGAGGCACACAGGAGGACUCCUUUAGCUGUAUAUAGGCAUGGACGGACAGAGGGACUGAGACUGGAGUUAAGGCCAGGGAACUACAGGAGCCACGGUGACCUUCUAGAAACCAGAUUCCUACUGCCUCUCUCUGUGUUUACAAGCCCAGACCUCCCUGGAUCCUGCUUGGCACACGCUCCUGGAGAUCUCAGGCCCAUGGCGACCUGCCCUGUCCUGCAGAAGGAGGCACUGUUCCAGACAGGAGUCUUUGCUUACCGAAUCCCGGCUCUGCUCUACCUGUCGAAGCAGAAGACCCUGCUGGCCUUUGCGGAAAAGCGCCUGACCAAGACGGAUGAGCAUGCAGAUUCGAUCGUCCUACGAAGAGGAAGCUACAAGAUGGCCACCCGUCAAGUCCAGUGGCAAGCUGAGGAGGUGGUGACCCAAGCCCGGCUGGAGGGCCACCGCUCCAUGAACCCGUGUCCCUUGUAUGACAAGCAGACAAGGACCCUCUUCCUGUUCUUCAUCGCCAUCCCUGGGCAUGUAUCAGAACACCACCAGAUCCAGACCAGGGUUAAUGUCACACGGCUAUGCCACAUCACCAGCACUGACCAUGGGAGGACCUGGAGCCCUGUCCGGGAUCUUACAGAUACCACCAUUGGCAACACUCACCGGGACUGGGCUACGUUCGGUGUGGGGCCUGGGCACUGUCUGCAGCUGCGAAACUCAGCGGGGAGCCUGCUGGUGCCUGCUUAUGCCUACCGGAAACUACAUCCUAGCCAGACACCUGCCCCCUUUGCCUUCUGCUUCCUCAGCCACGACCAUGGGAACACUUGGGAGCUGGGCCACUUUGUGUCCCAGAACACACUGGAGUGCCAGGUGGCCGAGGUUGGCGCUGGAGCUCAGAGGGUGGUCUAUCUCAAUGCUAGGAGCCACCUGGGAGCCAGGGUCCAGGCACAAAGUCUUAACGGUGGCCUAGAUUUCCAGGACAAUCAGGUAGUGAGUAAGCUUGUAGAGCCUCCCAAAGGCUGCCACGGAAGUGUGACUGCCUUUCCCAACCCCACCUCAGCGGCAGAUGCCUUAGAUGUGUGGCUGCUCUAUACCCACCCUACGGACUCCCAGAAGAGAACCAACCUGGGUGUGUACCUCAACCAGAAGCCACUGGACCCCGCGGCCUGGUCGGAGCCCACCCUGCUGGCCACAGGCAUAUGCGCCUACUCGGACUUGCAGAACAUGGGGCAAGGCCCUGACGGCUCCCCACAGUUUGGGUGUCUGUAUGAGUCAGAUAACUACGAAGAGAUCACUUUUCUCAUGUUCACCCUGAAGCAAGCUUUCCCAGCGGUAUUUGGUGCCCAGUGAUUUCGUUGCAUGUGACCCAAAGUCUUUCCUUGUGCUUCAAAACAUCCAUCUUUCCUCCCUUCCAGCAUCCUCUAGACUGGAGGCCAGCUCUUGGGCUCUUCCUCGGGAGCUUGGUCUCUUGGCUCUUCACGGGUUUUGUUGUUCUGGCCUUCACAGUGGAUUCUAUUUCCAGCCCAUAAAUCAAAGGAGCCUGGCUUUCCCCAGGCUUUUGACAGGGAAGGUGAGGGCAGAAUCCACAGAAGCUGUUAUCCUGUAUGUCAGCCAUCACUAUGCUGGCUUAGCCUGCCUGUUUCCCCACUCCUAGUUUUUGGGUGAGUUCUUAAUAAAUUAUCCAACCCAGCCUA